ACCAACAAAAAAGUAAAAUUUCUGUACAGUGAAGAAGCGUCUGAGAAAAGUUCGAUAUACUAUGUGUGUUUUUUAAAUCCCCAAUCAUAAAAUUAAACAAUAAAUGCUAAUUGAAAACUGCCAAAAAACUAAGAUAAUUACAUCGAUUAGAGAUGUGAGUUGGUGAAGUGUUUAUAAAUCAAAGAUUGAUAUUCUUUGGUAGAGAAAUUUUCUCUGAAAAUUUUUAUUCAAUUAUAUUUUUGCGAAGGAAAGAACAAAGUGUAUGGGAUAAAUGUAAGGUCUAAUGUAAAAAAAGAAAAACGAAAAAGUGAAAGCAGACAAGAGAACGUGCACCGGAAAACUAUCUGCAAGCAUAGUGUAUUAAAAAAAAACAACAAAAACCACAUUUGCGAAAAUGUUAGCACACGCGUGUAAUCACAUAAAGAUCAGGAGCUGAAUAGCCUUUCCAUAAAAGUUGAGAUUAAUGCAACGUUGUUUGUGUGUAACAAAUUAAUUCUGUGUCGUGUUUCUCAACACUUUAAUUAAAAGCACAGUCUUGACGUUAAAUAUUAUUUCCAAUACACGUUUUGCUUCAAUUAAACGGCCAUGGAGUUCGAGGAGCUUGAAGGAAUAGCCAAAACGGAUUUUGUUCCACUCAUGCCGCUUAUAAAGCAAGAACAAGUUGAUACAGCUAUACCCGAGACAGCAGUAUCAGAACAGCUCACCGGCAAUGCUGCUACCGCCACUACGUCUUCAUUUUCAGCUUCAUCAUUUGGAAAUCCCUGCGAUAGUGCCGAGAAGCGGUCGGAAUCCUCAUCAUCAGCUUCCACAAAAUUUGCCCUACUCAAAUGUGUUUGGUGCAGUCAAUUGCUGAGCAUCAAUGAUCGUCCAAAGCUCUUGGAAUGUCUGCAUGUUUCCUGCUCGCAAUGUGUGAAUACGAAAUUCUCUGAGUUGGAUCGCACCAUGCCACCGCUUAUACAUUGUCCCGUUUGUAAUAUGGCCUCACAAAAUGAGUUUAUCAUUGAUAAUCAAUUUUUGAUCGAACAAUGUACAGCCGCUGGUGAUAACAGUUUGGCCGAUGGCAGUUCCACAGAUGCAUCCAAAGCGACCGUUACUGCCAAUAUCACAUGCAGCAGUUGCUCUGAUAAUGCUGUAGCGACGUCAUGGUGUGUAGAUUGUUCCGAAUAUAUAUGUGACAGUUGUGUGCAGGCGCAUCAACGUCUCAAGAUCACUAAGGAUCACACAAUUAAGCCAAAGGAGGAAGCCAAUAAUGAGCAAUUGCCUGGUGCUGCCGGUAUAGAUAAACUGCAUAUGUGUCAUCUACAUCCGCAAGAGAAACUGUCACUGUUUUGUGAGACGUGCGACAAGUUGACAUGUCGUGAUUGUCAGCUCAGCGAUCAUCGCGAUCACAAAUAUAAGUUUGCGCAUGAAAUUGCCACCGAGACGCGUCAAGCGUUGAAAACGCUCGUCUCCGAAAUCAACUACAAGCGCUUCUUGCUCUCAUCUGCCACUAAAGUGAUUGACGAUCGACAAAAACAAAUCGCCGAUCGUAAGAAGGAUCUUAUUAAAGAGAUCACCGCAAUGGUAGUGAAGAUCACAAAUACAGUUAAUAUGCGCGGCAAGCAGUUAGCUAUGCGUCUGAAUGAAGUUUGCGAUACAAAAAUGAAGGUUUUGAUCGAGAAGAAGGACGCGUUGCAGCUGUUGUCCGAUAAUACCGAUCACUGCAUCGAAUUUAUGGAGAACGCUAUGGAGAAAGGGAGUGACUAUGCGAUUUUGUCGAGUAAAAAAUCAUUGGUGCGACAUUUACAGAAACUGAAGUGUCAACGAGCAGACAUACCAAAUCCAGAAAUUCCUGUGCGUAUUCAAGUACAGUUAAACCAAGUCUCCGAACUCCAGAAAGUUAUUUCUCAACUCGGCACUGUUAUUGUGGACGGUAAACCCUAUCCCCCAGCACCGUCCACAAAUGGACCGCCACGCCAGCAGCCAAGCCCAAAUAUGGCGCCACCAUUGCGACCUGGACUGCCACCCGGUAUGCCCGCCGGUAUGUCUCCUACUGGACCGCCAAGCGGAUAUGGACCACAGAAUGGGCCGCCAAUAUACAAUAACAGCACAUCGGCACAACAACAAUUUAACAACAUGCAGAUGAAUCGAAACUAUGCUGCCGAGGGCGCAGGUAAGGUUCGUUUCGGCGCAAUGCCACCGGGUAUGCAACGCCAAGGUCAGCCACACGUUAGUUCCUCAACACAUCCUCAAAAUAUGGACAUGAGCUUACGUGGCCUACUAAAUAAUCAAGCAGCUCAGAGUCCCAAUCAGGCACAUAUAUCAUUUAAUGGUCCACCAAAUUAUCCAGGUGGGCCACAAGGCGCAGCUUCACCACACCAGCAAAUGAAUACCCAAAUGCGUCCGCAUUUUAUGGGCGGUCCUCCAGGCCAACAACAUCAGAAUUACCCGCAGAAUACGCCUGGUGGACCGAAUAACCCGAAUUAUAUAAACAAUACUGCGCGCUUUCAGAACUAUCAACGCAUGUCGAGUCACGCGCAACAGCAGGCCGCUGUAGCGGCCAUGUCAAGCGGGGGCGGUCCUGGUGGUCCAUGCGGCAGUCAAAUACCGUCGCCAAACGCCAUGCAGCGACCACAAAUGAUGACCAAUCCCAUGCAGAAUAACCUGGGGUUUCAUGGGAGUCAGCCUGGCUUCAGUCCCGGUCCGCCGCAAACUUCACCGCAAAUGAACAGUAGCUUGAGCAGCAUGCACAGCAUGGCUAAAUGGCAUAUACCGCAAUCAGCGCAACAGACAAAUGCUUGUACACAACAAGGCCCCUUAAUGCAGUUCGCCAAUGGUCGUCAAACAGAAAACUUUAAAAUUUCCCUAAAAUCUCCAAAUACUCUAAAGAAUACCACACCGCCAAAUGGCAGCGCGUCGGCACAUAGUAUGCAAGGCAAUAGCGCGUCCAGCUUGCAUGCAGCUACGCUUGGGCUCGGACCAGCUGUAUCCAUAUUACCUAAUGUCACAUCUACGAACCCAAAGACGCCGAGCCCAAGCACUAACGAGAACGCAAAAGAUUUCACUGAACCGAUUGACAAGGUGCGUGACGAUUCCAUAAACGAUCUAAUUGCCACGAUUGCCAAAUUGGAUUCGAAUGGUGUGCAGGUGCUGCCGGAAGGUCGUACCAAAACCACAUCGCCGCAAGUACACAGCUCAACAGACCUAUCCAAUACUCAAGAAGUUAAUACUAAAAAUGAUCAAAAAGACGACCCGAACGAAGAUUGGUGUGCCGUUUGCCUUGACGGUGGUGAGCUCAUGUGCUGCGACAAGUGCCCGAAAGUAUUCCAUCAGAAUUGUCACAUACCCGCCAUCAGUUCGUUGCCGGACGAAAGCGAAAGUUGGCAAUGCCUUUUGUGCGUGAACCUCAAAGAGCUGGCUAAUAACACGGACAACACGCAGAAAGCACCCGGCGAGCUAAGUCGACUGGAAUUGCAGAUCAUCCAACGCAUUUGUCUCGAAUUAUAUUGUCAGUAUGAACAGAGUCUACAUUUCCGCGAACCGGAACCGCCUACAAAUACAGCCUACUAUGAAAUUAUUUGCAACCCCAUGUCUUUGGAUGUUAUACGUACAAGAUUGGAUCCGACCAGUCCAAAUCAUUAUAAAGAUAUCGCUAGUUUUGUAUCAGACGUGCGUCUAAUAUUUAAAAACACCUAUCUCUUCUAUCAAGAGGACUCAAAAACAUUCACAAAUGCUAAAUAUUUGGAGAACUUUUUCGAAGAACAAUUAUCCAAAUGGCUGCCAAACUUCGCUACCAAGACCAAUUCGCCUAUAACUAAUGGCAGUAACAACACAAAUAGCAACAAUACCACAAGUAUCAACAAUAAUAGUGCUUCCACAUCGUCAGCAGCUUCGCCUGGGCUCAUGAGUUUAACCACGGGUCCCUCAGCUUCACCCGGCGCUAUUGCAUCUAUGGAGAAUGGACGAAAGAGUUGUAUUGCCGAAUUCCGGCUAGACGAUGACUCCUGCAUUCCGGCGAAACGAUCACGUAAACUAACCGAAUAGGAUAAAUUUAAUCAGCUACUUAACAGCAUGCUAGCUACAAUUAAUAAUGGCAACAAUGAAAGCGAAGAACUGCUUGCGCUGCUCAGUCUAUGCUGCCCGCCACAGACGCAGCCGAGCCUACUUUUAAAAUGACCAGUCGUUAAGACGAAAAGUGUUGAGGAAAACAAGGAUAUACCAAAUUGUUAACACUAAAUGCACGAAAUGAGUCAUAAGUGUCGCGCAGCAAAGAAAUUUUCGAAACUUUGCUAAAAUUGCGCAUGUGUUAAGAAAACUGAGCGGAAAAAAAUCACAGCAAAAAUAUGAAUUAUUUUUGUUUUUUUAACCUCAAAAUACACAACGUUGUUUAGUGUAUUUAAGAGACGUGCAAAGUGUACUCAUUUAGCAUAGUAUUUCAAAAGAUUUUAUUGGCAUCGAAUUUACACAAAAAUACCGUUGCGCAUGGGCACUGCGUUAUGGUAAGCGGGCUUCACAAAACUAUAUUGAAUUAACAUUCAGAAGCUUCCUCAUACUUUUGUUAACAAAAACGUUUGAUAAAAACAAUUAUCAGUUUAAGUUUAGACAUUAUUUGAAAGACAUGGUUUUGAAAAUAACUAAUCCUAAUAUAUGUAUGUUGUAAAUUUAAUUAGUUUACUACAAGUAAAAAAAAGAAACAACACUUUUGAACUUGAAAAACAAACACACACACACACACACUAUAGUAGUUAAUAAUGUUUGCAAAAACAAUAUCUACUUAUUAAUAAUAACUAAAUUAAAGCUGCACCAUAAAAUAAUUUUAAGAGCGUAAUGAGCAAAAAAUAAACACAUUUUCAUUGUAUAGGAAAAUCGCAAAUCAUAAAAAAACAAAAAACUCAACAUUCGUUGCGCACAUUAUACGCAUACUCAACUGUAAAUAAAAAUUAAAAAAAACAAAAAAUAUAUAUAUAAAUUGCGCUAACAUACUAAUAACAUUGAAUUAGAAACAAAAAUAAACAAUAUACUUACAUAUUGACAGGUACAUAUUUCUAUAAAAUAACAAAAACAAAUAUCAACGAAUUGCCACACUGAGCCACUACAUAUGUGGGUAUGUAAACUUUAAUUUUUUGCAUUUAAAGUAAAUGCCUGCGUGAAAUAACACAAAAUUAUUAAAUUAUAACUAAGCAAAAAUUAUGAAAAGACAAUUAUUUAAAACUAUAGGAGACUACAUAACCAAAAGCUGAUAAAUUUAGGUACUAAAACACUUCAAGAAAUUCAACUUGAAACAUAGUUUUAGCAAAAUCCAAUUUUCUGCAAUUCGUUUACUGCGUAACUAAAGCACACACAGUGCAUACAGCAUGCAAAUGUUUCAACCAUAUCCUUGCAAUCAUGCAUACUUUCCAUUAAAGUAUCAUUAGGCUUUCCACAUAACAUUUAUACACCGAAUUAUUCAUUGCAUUACAUUUCAUUGUAUAUAUAUACAGCUGUGUUCAAAAUAAUAAUAGUGCUAAGUAGUCAAUAUCUGAAUUUCUUAAAAAAGUUUAUUAAUAUUUAUCUGUGUUGAAAAUCGAUAAUGAAACUAAAAUAGCGCGAAAAUUCCUUAUAUAGAAAAGUAGUAGUAUUUCACAUCUGGUUUAAAAAAGUAUCUGCAGCAUAGGUAAAUCUAAAAAUUAUGUAGAGAUACAAAGAAAUGGGAUUCAGUAUUUGUUUGAAAAGCCAUUAUUAUAUAAAACUGCCUUACAGUUAUGCGGCAUAGAGUUGAAUUGGCCCUAAUAACGGGUUUUAGGUUUUCCUUCCCAAGAAUCCUUCACUAUUACCCAAAGUUCGCGAUUAUUGCCUCGUUGGGCUUUUCUUUCCUUUGAUACGAAACCACUCCUUGACUAGACGACUUGUAUGUUUCGGUUUAUUAUACUGCUGGAAGACCCAUUUCAGAGGCAUUUCGUUGUCAGUAUAAUAAAAGACAAGCUCAAACUAAUAUUUUUAACCCUCCAUGUUUUACCGAUAUCGUGAACGAUGCACAUACUGUCGUGAACCUGUGCCUCCACAAAUAACGACUUUACUUUCAUUUGUCCAUAAUAUAUUAUAUUUCGUCUCUGAGAAGACUCUAACACACGUACUACUAUUAUUUUGAACACAACUGUACAUAAAGCCAAAAACGGUUUUCCAUACUUGGCAGCUUUUCGAUAAAUAACAUCGUAAGUUUGUGAUAAAAUAAAAUAUUAGAAAAAAGUAAAGAAUUGUGGCCGAUUAUAAUAUUUAUAUAUAGUAUAACUCAUUAUUGUCUGCAUUGCAUACAAGCCACAUUCAAACAAUGUUUUUCUGCUGUUGCAACUAUACUAAGUAGACAAACGGCAAUGCAAUGUCACGAAUAACAUAUAUAAAUUAUAAAUAUAAAUAAAAAUAAAAAUCAUAGCGUAGAAUUAUUAUUGUAAUUGAACUCCUCAUAAACAAGUAAACCUAAGACACUCAACUUUGGUGGUAAACUACGCCAAAUAACCAAAUUAAAGUAGUUCAAUAAUAUUGCGACAAACAAAGUAUUUAAUAUAAUAAGAAUGUAGUAUUUUAGUUUGCACUGAAUCUUUAUGUUUGCCCUUUUGAUAUAUAUACAUACAUACAUAGCUAUAAAUAACUAUUGUCCAGUUUAUCAUUUAUAUAUAUAUAUAUAUAUAAAUAGACACAUAAACGCAUACUAAAAUAGCAUUGACAUUAAAAAGAAAUGAAACUCAAAUGUACAUUAUUUAAGAAUUUUAUUUAAUAUUUUAUGCAACAAAUUGUACAUGCCAGUAGUUGUUUUCUCAUUAUUAUUAUUAUUAUUAUUUUUAUUUAAAACUAUAAGUUACUCUAACUAAUAAACACAACACAAACAAAUACUGCGUAUGCAUAUAUUUAAACAAACAAACAUAAUGUCUGAGCGGAAGACAUUUGUAAUACAAAAUUGCUGUUUGCAGUUACAAUUAACUAAUGAUAAAAACAAACAAUGUUAGAUUGUAAUUUGUAAGCAGCAAUUUGUAGCAACUUCAAUACGUCGUAAUUGCAUCCAAUCAUGCAACUAACUUUACAUGUACAUUUACAUAAUGAUUUUAUAUACGCGUUAUUGCACUCUACUCCAAACACACACACACACACCUACAACGUAUAUAUAUAAAUACGUAUGUAUGUAUUUAUGCAGUUGAUUAACUAAACUUUGUAGAUUUUAGAUCGUAGAAAUAGGCUUAUAAUUUAUCAACGUUAGCAAAAAAAAAAAAUACUAAAAAAAAUAAUGCUAAUGUGUACGAAGUGUUGAUUACUAUGUGAAGCAGAUGGUUUAGUUUAGGCAAUGCAUGUACAUGACAUAUGUUUGUGUGCGUAUGCAUGUGUAAUAUGUUAAUGAAAAUCUAAUGUCUACUGCACUAUUUCUAAGCAAACAAAAAAUAUGAAUUCAUAAUAAUAAUAAACAACUGGAUAUUUAAUGUAAAACAA